AUGAAGACUACCUUUUUGCUCAUGGUUCUUGUAGUCGUAAUGGCUUGGUCUCUUUCGAGUGCUCAACCGACGGAUCCUCAGAGAUGUUUGAAUGCGUUCAAGACAACAUCAAGUGGAUGUCUCGAAAGUCUAAAAGGAUUUGUACAUGGACAUUUCCAUGGGAUCAAGAAAGAAUGUUGCUUAACCGUUAGUACAGUUUCUGACUUAUGUUGGCCCGUGCUCUUCCCAAACAUGCCUUACAUUCGAUUUGUAAUAAAGGGUAUUUGCACUAUCAAAUACUCUUUGCAUUAA